AUGAGAAGAAUUCUUAGAUCGAUUUUAUCCCUUGGAAAUCUGAUUAAUCAGCUGCAGCAGAGCGUUAGGUGGAGCUCUUCUUUAAAAACCAAAGACAAGAACUCUAUACAACCGCAACGUUUUUUUAAGUAUGCAGAUUUAUCUGUCCGUCUCGCUGGUCCAGAUCAGCUAAAUCCUAAACCCGAUGUUAAUCAGCUUUCAUUUGGGAAAUAUUUCACUGAUCACAUGCUCAAAAUACAUUAUUACGAAGGUAUGAACGGCUGGCAAGCACCAGAAAUUAUGCCUUUCGAAAAUAUAGUUCUUCAUCCAGCUGCGAAAGUGCUUCAUUACGCUGUGGAGUUGUUCGAAGGUAUGAAAGCUUAUAGAGGUGUUGAUGGCAAAAUAAGGUUGUUUAGGCCAGAGCUAAAUAUGGAGAGAAUGAAUAAUUCAGCAAUAAGAGCUGGUCUGCCUCCUUUCAGAGGGGAUGAAUUAAUUAAGUGCAUUUGCAGAUUGAUUAGUAUAGAUCAAGAAUGGGUUCCACAUUCUACCGCCUCUAGUCUUUACAUUCGUCCUACGCUUAUCGGCAUCGAUCCUACACUUGGAGUCGCAACUUCGGAUUCAGCUUUAUUGUAUGUAAUCCUAUCUCCUGUCGGAUCUUAUUUUAAAGCCACAGAUCGGCAAGUCGGAGUUUCCCUGCUUGCAGAUCCCAGAUAUACGAGAGCAUGGCCUGGUGGUUGUGGUGAUUCUAAAUUAGGUAGUAAUUAUGGACCUACGAUUCAUGUUCAACAAGAAGCCACCGAAAAAGGUUUGCAGCAAGUAUUGUGGCUGUACGGCGAAAACAAUGAACUUACAGAAAUUGGUACUAUGAAUGUCUUCGUUGUUUAUAUAAAUGAUAAUGGAGAAAGGGAAUUACUUACACCACCCUUAAAUGGUUUGAUCUUGCCCGGAAUUAUAAGAAGCUCGCUUCUAAGUAUAGCUAGGCAAUGGAAUCAAUUUAAAGUUACGGAGAGAUCUAUUACGAUGAAAGAAAUCAUACAAUUAAAUUCAGAGAACAGGCUGUUGGAAAUAUUCGGAGCAGGAACAGCAUGUGUAGUAAGUCCCGUAUCUUAUAUUGACUUCCAAGGUCAAGGGUUGCAUAUACCAACGACGGAACAACCGGAAGCAAUUUAUCAGAUGCUUAGAAAACAUCUAUUGGACAUACAGUAUGGUAUUAUACAUGACCAUCCAUGGAGUUUAGUCAUUGAAUAAAAUAUGAACGACAGAAAAUUAUGGCUACUUUUCUUUUAAAAAACACAGUCGACGCACUUAACACAAAUCGACGCACGGGAAGGAGGGUGCUUUCCAUUUACAAUUUUCAAAAUCAAUUGACAUUCCUUGACUUUUCUCAAGGCGAGAAUUAAAUUGUUUUUGUUAAUUGAACGAUUAUUAGAACGCAUCCGCAACUUCCAUCAUUUUGUUUGAUUACACGUAUACACACGAUGUAAGAUUCGAAUGUGCUCGAGUGUUAAUCUGUGUUGAUUUAUGUUUAAAAGAAAGCAGCCUAUAUCUAAGAUU